GAAACAAAUCCGGCAGAAGGCGAAGCUUCAAAGUUAGAGACGCCAAAAGUCUACUAUGCAGACAAGACAGCUCCGUUGUUUCAGCCCCAGUACAAACAUGUCACAGACUUCCAAGCAGUAGGCGAUUUUCGGGAGGCUCCUGAAGACAGCCUGGAAGAAAUUCUGCACCGACGUCAGUAUAAUCGACGCGUUUUGUUGGCUCGAGCAGCCGAUGGUCCGAGUUACAUAAUAAUUCGACAUCUGAUUGGGCUAAAGAAUGAGAGCCGAGUUGUAAUUCCGAUGAAAAAUAACGGCGAGUCGAAGGAACCAUUACUAGGCACGCAAAAAUUUGUGACACUGAGAAAUUUGGUGAAUCAUGGAGAUCAGGACAAUCAGCAAUUUAUACUUCGCCCAGCUUCGUAG